AUGGCAGCACCUGCGGAUGUCACAUGGGCAGGACAGCAGUUCGGCCCAGUGGCGGCACCGCUGCUUCACACGCGUUUGCCGGGAGAUGCGGCCGCUUCGUCCUCUGCAGUCAAGAUGCUGGGCGCGUCGAGGACUGGGAUUUCAAAUAUGCAUGCAUUAGAGAAUGAUUUUUUCAAUUCUCCCCCAAGAAAAACUGUUCAGUUUGGUGGAACUGUGACAGAAGUCUUGCUGAAGUACAAAAAGAGUGAAACGAAUGACUUUGAGUUGUUGAAGAACCAGCUGUUAGAUCCAGACAUAAAGGAUGACCAGAUCAUCAACUGGCUGCUAGAAUUCCGUUCUUCUAUCAUGUACUUGGCAAAAGACUUUGAGCAACUUAUCAGUAUUAUAUUGAGAUUGCCUUGGUUGAAUACAAGUCAAACAGUAGUGGAAGAGUAUUUGGCUUUUCUUGGUAAUCUUGUAUCAGCACAGACUGUUUUCCUCAGACCGUGUCUCAGCAUGAUUGCUUCCCAUUUUGUGCCUCCCCGAGUGAUCAUUAAGGAAGGCGAUGUAGAUGUUUCAGAUUCUGAUGAUGAAGAUGAUAAUAUUCCUGCAAAUUUUGACACAUCACAGAGCCUUGCAAAUAAUAGCAAGAUAUGUACCAUCGAAUGUUACGUUCAUAACUUACUAAGGAUUAGUGUAUAUUUUCCAACCUUGAGGCAUGAAAUUCUGGAGCUUAUUAUUGAAAAACUACUCAAGUUGGAUGUGAAUGCAUCCCGGCAGGGUAUUGAAGAUGCUGAAGAAACAGCAUAUCAAACUUGUGGUGGGACAGAUUCCAUGGAAGGAUUGUUUAAUAUGGGAUUCGCAGAGGCAUUUUUGGAACAUCUUUGGAAAAAAUUGCAGGAUCCAAGUAAUCCUGCCAUCAUCAGGCAGGCUGCUGGAAAUUAUAUUGGAAGCUUUUUGGCAAGAGCUAAAUUUAUUCCUCUUAUUACUGUAAAAUCAUGCCUAGAUCUUUUGGUUAACUGGCUGCACAUAUACCUUAAUAACCAGGAUUCGGGAACAAAGGCAUUCUGCGAUGUUGCUCUCCAUGGACCAUUUUACUCAGCCUGCCAAGCUGUGUUCUACACCUUUGUUUUUAGACACAAACAGCUUUUGAGCGGAAACCUGAAAGAAGGUUUGCAGUAUCUUCAGAGUCUGAAUUUUGAGCGGAUAGUGAUGAGCCAGCUAAAUCCCCUGAAGAUUUGCCUGCCCUCAGUGGUUAACUUUUUGGCUGCAAUCACAAAUAAGUACCAGCUCGUCUUCUGCUACACCAUCAUUGAGAGGAACAAUCACCAGAUGCUGCCAGUCAUUAGGAGUACCACUGGAGGAGACUCAGUGCAGACCUGCACAAACCCACUGGACACCUUCUUCCCCUUUGAUCCCUGUGUGCUGAAGAGGUCAAAGAAAUUCAUUGAUCCUAUUUAUCAGGUAUGGGAAGACAUGAGUGCUGAAGAGCUACAGGAGUUCAAGAAACCCAUGAAAAAGGCCUCGUGUGAUGACCAGUUUCCAGUGAGAGUAAAGAGCCUUUGACUGAGGUCCUGAGAAACUUUGACUAACCACAGGCACUUGUAGGCAUGGAUGGAGUUUUAAAAGUUUCAUGAAGCGAGAAUUCAUCUGCAAAGGCUUAGGU